UCUCCUUCGCCGUACGUCAUUGGCAGUAUGGGCGAUAUAUGGAAACCAACUUGAGCUCUGCGCGUUGUUCCACGUUGCCAUCAUUUACUAAGUUGUAUCCUCGAAUGGCGGGUCGAGAAGAUGAUUUAAAAGCUUUCUUCUCAUCUUGACGGGACGGUUUUGAAGCUGCGCUGUUGAUCAUCUCCAGCUUCAUGGAAAGGAGUGUAGGCCUAUAGUUUCCUUGGAUGGAAAGGACUCUGACACCUUAAAGGAUGAGUCACAAAUGGUGUACCUGGGUUAAACUAAACAGAACGUUUCAUUCAUGCAAAUCAGAAUGCUCCCCAUUUAUCUUCUCAGGUACCUUCCACCGCUCAAUCAUCGUGCAACAUCCUCAUUGCGGCAAGACCGUCUCCCUCAACCAGAAACACAUCUUCCGAGCUAGAAAGGCACGGCUAUGCAAGGCUUACCAACUUAGACAGAAACCCGGGCUCCACACCAGCGGCUUGUUUUUGAACACUUCAGCGUCGCGUUGGUCUGCAGGCCUCAGCCAACACAUGUCACGGGUGAGGAACACGCUGGACACAGUUUCUCGAGUUGUGACGCAAAACGACCUGCUCUCCAAGAUCGCCAGACUCAAACCCCACAAUGCUGGGCCAAGUGUGGAAAAAACACCCACUGCUGUUUCUGCUACUCCCAAGCAUGUGGCUAGCCCACCUUCUAGUCUGGCAUCGUCCUCUUCACAGCCUCGAAACGGCACAGAAGUGAAAGAGCAAAGCCUGAGGCAUGUCGCUCCUGCUGUCAGAGCAGAGGAGCCGAGACAGUCAUCCAAUGAGAAAGCACUUUUCCACCCCGGCAACUAUUCAGUCAACCUGGAUGAAACCUACAACUACUUAGCCCAUCAUAUUAAUUCCUACUUCAGUACAAAAACUCGGGACCAUGUCGAUGAAUCCGCUGCAUCCCCGCAUCAAGAAUUAAAUGACCUCUUACGUAAUAAAUCACCUCCUCAUCCUCCUGCUGCUCCCGCAUCCCCCAAGAAAGGCUUGGGCCACUACCUGUCAUACUCCUCUCCCACCGUGCAAGCUUUUGUGGGCAGCUACAUUGCCCCCUUGGUGCCAAGGUUCAGGACAGGGGAGUCCAAAAGUGCCACAGAUGAAGCCAACAAGCUUGAGGAUGAAGCGGCAGUGAAGCAGGUGGAGGUCGGCGUCAGCAAAGAGCUCAAGGCGGCAGAGGAGAAGGCCAAGAAACUUCUGCUCCAAAGGGAAAAGAUCAUUGCCAGGGUGAGCGUGGACAAUCGAACCCGGGCUCUGGUGCAAGCGCUUCACAGGGCCACGGACGUGAGGGUCUACGUCAGCAGAGUGGAGGACCUCAGCUACCAUCUCCUGGAGUUUCCUGAGACUUGUGGCGUUGCUGUCAAGGAGAAAGUAAUCCCCUGCCUGCUGCGUCUCCAACAAGCAAGUGACCCCGGGCUGAGGGAAGCAGUGAGAGAAGCGCUUGCUUUGGUGGGCUACCAUAAGCCAGUUAAAGGCCGAGGCAUACGCAUCCUGUCCAUAGAUGGAGGAGGUUUACGGGGACUUCUUGCCCUUCAGACGUUGCACAAAUUGGAAACCCUGAGCGGCAAGCCCAUUUACAAACUCUUUGAUUAUAUUUGUGGUGUCAGCACAGGCGCUAUCCUGGGGUUCAUGCUGGGCGUGUUCCAGAUGCCGACCAGCGAGUGCGACGACCUUUACCGCAAGCUGGGCUCGGAUGUUUUCAAGCAGAAUGUCAUUGUUGGCACGGUGAAGAUGGGAUGGAGCCACGCGUUCUACGACAGCGAAGUCUGGGAGAGCAUCCUCAAAGAAAAAAUGGGCUCACACCUCCUUGUGGAGACUUCUAGAAACCCGGAAUGUCCCAAAGUGGCAGCAGUGAGCACCGUCGUGAACAGGGGCACGCCACUGAAGGCCUACGUGUUCAGAAACUACAACCUGCUGCCAGGGGUACGCUCCCACUACCUGGGGGGCUGCCAACACCGGCUCUGGCAGGCUAUCCGUGCCACAUCUGCGGCUCCAGGGUAUUUCCAGGAAUUCCCCUUGGGGAGGGACCUCCAUCAGGACGGGGGGCUGCUCAUUAACAACCCCACAGCGCUGGCCAUCCACGAGUGCAAGUGUGUGUGGCCAAACACCCCCCUGGAGUGUGUGGUCUCGCUGGGUACGGGGCGCUUGGACGCUGCGGGUAAGAACAGCUCCACCUACACCAGCCUCAAGACGAAAAUCAACAACGUCAUCAGCAGCGCCACCGACACGGAAGAAGUCCACGCCAUGCUGGACGGCUUCCUGCCCGCCGACACGUACUUCCGCUUCAACCCCUACGUGAGCGAAGACAUCUCCAUCGACGACAACCGGCAGGAGAAGCUGAGCCUCGUGCAGGCCCACGGCGUCCGCUACCUGGAGAGGAACGAGGACAAACUGAGGAAGGCGGCCAGCAUCCUCACCAGAGAGAAAGGCUCGGGCCAGAGGCUGGCGGAGUGGAUCAGGAGCAGGGUGGACUCGUACGGCUCCUUUCCAGAUCUAAACUAAACCAGAUCAUAAAUAUGAAAUUGCUUUUUGGAACAGGAAGUUGGGAUGGGCGUCGGCCACCUUUUGUCAGCCUUGCCUCCUGCAGUCUACCACGGCUCCUGAUGCUCAGGUCUCAUGCGUGCUUCCCAGGGCCCUGUGAGUGUGGCAUUGAUCGACCGCUGGCUGGAAUCUGACACGAUGUGUAAAUACAAUUAUUACAGUGUUAGUUAUCACCCUUAUAUAAUAUAUAAUAAAUGAUUGACUGAGUAAAGCCGGCUUAAGGAGCAAGCUAACCUGAUGUUGAAUUGUUGGAAGGGCCACGGCCUUGCUGGAGUGGAGGAAUCUUGGGUGGAAAGCUGGGUUCUUCCACAGGCCUCGGCCUGGGUUUGUUUUACCCGAUUGGUUGUUGCAAUCGCAACCCUGCUCAAAGUUCAACGUGACAUUCAAAACAGUUACUACCCGUCGGGGAAUCGCACCACGGUCUUCCACGUGACAGGUGGAGAUACUGUCCACUGUACUAAUGAGGACUGCUGCGGAGCUGAUGUGGUGUCAAUCGGCCAAGGGGGAAUUCAGAACAGGCUGGUGGUCCAUGACCGUUUUUAUGGUAGCUGGAGACUUCAACCAGUGAACUCCAUCAGUUUUCUGGACUGCUUAUCCUCAACAUCAACAAACCGUGUUCCCCACGCGUUACCAGCAUGAGGACAUUCCAGACCAAGAUGAGAACACACUGGACCAGGUACACAGCCCCAGACACCCUGCCCCCACUUUUCACCCAGACUGACAAAGUCACAUUACCUUUGCAACUGAAAUAGCUCAGUUGGCAGAGCGUUAGACUGAAGAUCUAAAGGUCCUUGGUUCAAUCCCAGGUUUCAGCACAAUCCGUAUUUACAGUCGGACUUGAUCAGUCCUCUUAAAAGCCUGUGGUGUAGUGGUUAUCACAGUUGUCUCACACCCAAAAGGUCCCCAGGUGGAAACAUGGUCUCAAGUCCUUCUGUUACAAAAAAAUCAAGGUGACAAAUGGGAAUUAAAACUAAGCAGUGAUGAGCGGGGUCCGCGCGCAAGUCCGAGGUGCGCAGACGGUUGGGAAAUAAAAACAGUGCAACCAGAGGUACGACGCUUAUUAUUUUCAACCAUGAGAGGGCGACACCAGUGCCAAGGUGGGUAUGUGCUCACAUCCUGUUUGACGGCCCAACUCGCCAUGAAAAUGUUUGAGACGAUCCGCCCAUGCAUAGGGAAGUAACGGCAGAUAUACAUUUCCACCAGUUGGUGGCGCCAUACAGUCUAUGGAGAGACCAGAGGUUGACCCAACGUACCAAAAAAAAAUGUAAGACAUAUACAUUUCCACCAGUUGGUGGCGCUUUAUAGUGUAUGUACGCACACAGUCAUAGACCAGAGGGUACCCCAAACCACCAGAAAAAAAUUGGGGCAGAUCCGACCAUGUGGGAGGAAGUUACGGUAGAUAUACAUUUCCACCAGUUGGUGGCGCUAUACAGUCUAUUUACACAGAGAGUCAGACUGGAGGGUGACGGAACUGACCCCAAAAGAAAUCUGAGACGAUCCGACCAUGCAUGAGAAAGUUAAGGCAGAUAUACAUUUCCACCAGUUGGUGGCGCUGGUUUUUGAACAUGGGUUCUGGAGCGUUGGUGCGUCCUAUCACGAGUGAUGUCUCCUCCGAAAAUCACGCCGAUACGUGCAACAGGAGGCGAGGGAUAAUUAUUUUAAAACUUGUAGGUGGCGCUAGUGAGUCAAUUUGGCCUGGUUUCAAAUGGGGGCCCCACCAGGGCCCUCAGGCCUGGAUUAUGACCCCCGUAUGAGUUUAAGCACAUGUGACCUUCUGCAGGCGAAUGAUGACCCUUUGAGGGUCAAUGGUGAGGCCUGAGCAUUCGCCGCCAGGCCACGCCCACCACGCCCACCACGUGCACUUUUCCUGCAUCAUGGUCCAUCAACAGGCUGUCAGGCAGUGACCUUGUGACCUUGAUGUUCAUCUGAUGACCAGAAAAGGCCUCAUGUAGAUCACAACACUUCAGCCUGUUGCCAAUAGGUGGCGCUGUGACUAAAUCAGGAAGUGACCUAUGGGGACCUUCGGGGCGGGGCCAUGAUCACAUGUACCAAGUAUGAUGAAGAUCUGACCACGUGGAGCCAAGUUAUUCACGUCUACAGUUACACUUUUUUUUCCUUUAUUUGGGCAAAUAUAUGAAAUAUUACAGUGUAUUUCUUACAUCAAUGAAAAUAUAACUUUCCAUUAUUUACAUUUGUAUUCAACUAUCUGAUAACAAGCCCAAAAGGAGUAGGCAGAAGCAAAAGCUUAUAAAUGCCUACCCCUUUUUGCAGGAUAUAAUCAUGUUCAUGCCACUGUCUUGUUUCCCCUCUUAUUAUUUUCAUUGUAAUAUUAUUAUUAUUAUUAUCAUUAUUAUCAUUAUUGUUAUAAUCUUUAUCAUUAUUACCAUCAUUAUAAUCAUCAUUAAUAUUACCAUUUUCAUCACUGUAGUUAAAAAUGUUGUGAUUUUUUAUUUUUAAUUAUUAUUAUUUAUUUAAUUAUUUCUAUUUAUUUACUUAUUUUCUGGAUUGCAUGUGUCUAAUCUUAUGCAUUAAAAAACAAGAAGUUGAGACCGUGUCUGGACAGGUGACCAACCCAAACAUCAGUUUCUUCUUGUUAAACCAGGGGUGGGCAAACUACGGUCCGGGGGCCACAUCCGGCCCGCCAAGUGUUUGAAUACGGCCCGCCCAAUCUUUCCAAAGUAUUUCAUUUAAAGUCAACAUACAAGCUGGCAUCAUGGCCUGAGCCAACCUUUUGAUGGUUGGAUCAAUUUCGUUGUUUGACAUGGUGUGUUGUUUACAAAGUGCUCCUGAAAAAAGAGACACAAGCACAUAAUAAUAAUAACAAUUUAAAUAAUAAUGAUUAUAUUAUUAUUAUAACUAUUAUGAUUAUUAUAUUUAUUAUAUUAAUGCUAAUUAUUAUAUUAAUUAUAUAUAAUAUUGUUAUAUUUGCAUAUUUUACAUAAUAAUAAUAUAAUUAUUAUUAUUUUAAUUUUAUUGUAAUUAUUAUAAUAUUUUAUUAUUUUUAAAAUACUUAAAUAUAAAUAUAAAAUAAUAAAUAAUAAUAGCAGAUUGCAUGACAAUUUUACAGAUACAAUAAUACCAGGUGGACUGUUACGUGUAAAAUAUAUAGUCUGCCCCCCCCCCCCGGAAAUGUUGUUAUAUCAAUGCGGCCCGCGAGUCAAAAAGUUUGCCCACCCCUGUGUUAAACCCUACCUGAGGUUUUUAGACGUGUUUAUUAGUUUGUGUGCGUCUAGUCUUGGGCAUUAGGAAGCAAGGUUUUAGGUCUGUGCUCAAACCAAUUUUUGAAGCAAUCAUGUCUUGCUGUCCAUUAUUACUAUUUUUUGUAAAGUAAUAAUUAAUAAUAAUUCAUGAUAAUAAUAAUGAUAAUCCCUACCUCUAUAUUUAUGCAUGUUAGCCUGGGUACCUCUAACAAUUUAUAGUUAUAAAGGUAUUAAGGUAAUAUUCUUACAUUUCUCAUAUCAGUCAAUCAGAGAUUCCAGCAGUGAUGACAAGACAGUAGAAUGAUCAUUAUUAAAAUAUAAUUAUUAAAAUGAUAUUUAUAAUCAGACACUUAUCUUGUACUGUGUCACAUUUCAUUGAAUUUACAACUAAAUUAAAUUCAGUAGUGCCACCAAUUUUUUUUUUCUCCCCCCAAAAUCAACAAUAUUUUUUUCCUGUGGCUACCGUGUAGCGUAGGCUUUUACCAAAGGUAUCAAAACGAUUCCAAAUAGGAACAAUGGUUGGGCGCCAGACAGGGAAAAGAUAAACUGACCUGUCAAUUAACAAGAUAACCUUUGGAUUUAUUCAUCCGGCUAGCCCAGGGGUCAGCAACCCACGGCUCCGGAGCCGCAUGUGGCUCUUCAGUGUCUCUGUUGUGGCUCCCUUCGCAAUGCUCAAGUAUUUUUUUUUUUACACUAGAAUGAGGAAAAUACGCAUCUUUGGAAUGAGUUUUGAAAAAAAAUCAGACUUUCUGUGAGACCGUAUACUAGCAAGAGUACUUGAUCAAGUCCACUUUUUCUCUUCUGAACUACUUUGAUACCCCAAAAUUCCCUCCAAAUCUGGCAAUCAAUCAAAAUCUUGGGAGAAUCGCAAUUUGUUGUGGAUUUGAACACGUUGCUACACAUUUCUUAAGGUGCCAGGUCUUGAGGUUUCACCAAGAUGAUCACGCUUUGAGUUGGCUUCCAUUACACACAAACACUGUACUUCUACUUGUUGUAUUCUGCUCUUAA